CGGAGCUCAGGGCUGAAGAUGAUUCCUCUCCUGUCCUUAUUGGCUCUGCUGCUGCUGCUGUGUGAUCUCAGCCCGGCAAACGCCAACAAUUACUAUGACAAGGUCCUGGCUCACAGCCGCAUCAGGGGUCGAGAUCAGGGCCCCAAUGUCUGUGCCCUCCAGCAGAUUCUGGGCACCAAAAAGAAGUACUUCAGCUCAUGUAAGAACUGGUACCAAGGUGCCAUCUGCGGGAAGAAAACCACUGUGUUAUAUGAAUGCUGUCCUGGCUAUAUGAGAAUGGAAGGGAUGAAAGGCUGCCCAGCAGUGAUGCCUAUUGACCAUGUUUAUGGCACGCUGGGCAUUGUGGGAGCCACUACCACUCAGCAUUAUUCCGAUGUCUCAAAACUGAGAGAAGAGAUUGAAGGAAAGGGGUCGUACACCUACUUCGCACCGAGUAAUGAGGCUUGGGAAAACCUGGAUUCAGACAUUCGCAGGGGACUGGAGAACAAUGUCAAUGUCGAGUUGCUGAAUGCUUUACACAGCCACAUGGUUAACAAGAGAAUGUUAACCAAGGACCUGAAGCACGGCAUGGUGAUUCCGUCAAUGUACAACAAUCUGGGCCUUUUCAUUAACCACUAUCCCAACGGGGUUGUCACUGUGAACUGUGCCAGAGUCAUCCACGGGAACCAGAUUGCCACGAAUGGAGUGGUCCACGUCAUUGAUCGUGUCCUGACGCAAAUUGGUACCUCCAUCCAAGACUUCCUUGAUGCGGAAGACGACCUUUCAUCGUUCAGAGCUGCUGCCAUCACCUCCGACCUAUUGGAGACCCUUGGAAGAGAUGGUCACUUCACACUCUUUGCGCCCACCAAUGAAGCAUUUGAGAAACUCCCACGGGGAGUCCUAGAAAGGAUCAUGGGAGACAAAGUGGCUUCUGAAGCUCUCUUGAAGUAUCAUAUCCUAAACACUGUGCAGUGUUCUGAGGCUAUCACAGGAGGAGCUGUGUUUGAAACCAUGGAAGGAAACACGGUUGAGAUAGGCUGUGAAGGGGAUAGCAUCUCCGUCAAUGGAAUCAAGAUGGUGAACAAGAAAGACAUUGUGACAAAGAAUGGUGUCAUCCACCUGAUUGACGAAGUCCUCAUUCCUGAUUCCGCCAAACAAGUCAUUGAGCUGGCUGGGAAGCAGCAAACCACUUUCACAGACCUGGUGGCCCAGCUAGGCUUGGCAUCCUCUCUGAAGCCAGAUGGGGAAUAUACUUUGUUAGCACCUGUGAACAAUGCCUUCUCUGAUGACACUCUGAGCAUGGAUCAGCGUCUCCUUAAGCUAAUUCUGCAGAAUCACAUACUGAAAGUAAAAGUUGGCCUUAGCGAUCUCUACAACGGGCAGAUACUGGAGACCAUCGGAGGCAAACAGCUCCGAGUCUUUGUGUAUCGCACGGCUAUCUGCAUUGAGAACUCCUGCAUGGUGAGAGGAAGCAAGCAGGGAAGGAAUGGUGCCAUUCACAUAUUCCGAGAGAUCAUCCAACCAGCAGAGAAAUCCCUGCACGAGAAACUGAGGCAGGAUAAGCGCUUUAGCAUCUUCCUCAGCCUCCUGGAAGCUGCGGAUUUGAAAGAUCUCCUGACACAGCCCGGAGACUGGACCUUGUUUGCACCAACCAACGAUGCCUUCAAGGGGAUGACGAACGAAGAGAAGGAGAUUCUGAUUAGAGAUAAAAAUGCUCUUCAAAACAUCAUUCUUUAUCACCUGACCCCAGGAGUUUAUAUCGGAAAGGGCUUUGAGCCUGGAGUCACUAACAUCCUGAAGACCACACAGGGAAGCAAAAUCUACCUGAAAGGAGUGAAUGAGACGCUCCUGGUGAAUGAAUUGAAGUCCAAAGAAUCUGACAUCAUGACAACAAACGGUGUCAUUCAUGUCGUAGACAAACUCCUCUACCCAGCAGACAUCCCAGUUGGCAAUGAUCAGCUCUUGGAAAUACUGAACAAACUGAUAAAAUACAUCCAAAUCAAGUUUGUUCGUGGCAGUACCUUCAAAGAAAUCCCCAUGACUGUCUACAGGCCUGCCAUGACAAAGAUCCACAUUGAAGGGGAACCUGAAUUCAGACUGAUUCAAGAGGGAGAGACGGUGACAGAGGUCAUCCAUGGAGAACCAGUUAUUAAAAAGUACACCAAAAUCAUAGACGGGGUUCCUGUUGAAAUAACUGAAAAACAGACCAGGGAAGAGCGAAUCAUUACAGGUCCUGAGGUAAAAUACACCAGGAUUUCUACAGGAGGCGAUGAAACAGGCGAGUCGCUGCAGAAAUUCCUCCAGAAAGAGGUCUCCAAGGUCACAAAGUUCAUUGAAGGUGGCGAUGGUCACUUAUUUGAAGACGAGGAUAUUAAAAGGCUGCUCCAGGGAGACACACCUGAAAAGAAGAUACAAAGCAGCAGCAGAAGGGUUCAAGGAUCUAGAAGACGAUCAAGGGAAGGCCGUUCCCAGUGACAAUCCGGAGUUCAGACAGCAGAGGUUAUGUAACCAACAACCUGAUUUAAAGGGGAAUUGUAAGAGCCACACUGAUUUCAGAGUCCAAAAUGCCAACAAGCACAAAAGAUUCGUCGGGCAAGUCUGAACACAGAUUUAAUUCCUUUGUUUCUGAAUGAGGAACAUAAGGGAAACAGUAGUUAGUCUCCAGUGGGGUAGGGACUGAAAGACACAUAGGACCAUGCAGGGCUUUUAUUAUCUCAAUGAGAAGAGUUCCGAUUGACUUGGGAAUCAACCGAAGAUCAAUCUAGUGGCCAGAUCCAUUACAGCUGUGUCUCCGCUCUGUGAGCUCUUACCUCCUUGAGAAGAGAGAGGCUGAAUGUGCUUCACGGAAAAACCCAAAGCAUACAGUUGACUGUCCAUGGAAGGCUAAGCUGUCAAAAGGGGUGUUCGGUACACAACAAGCAAACCAACCAACCACGAUACAACCUGUGGCGUUACAUAUUUCUCAUGCAAUGUGGGAUUCCUGCUAAAUUUUGUUAGUUUUACACUUGAUUUAUACUCUCGAGAUGUUUGUCAUAUGCUUCUUGCAAUACACGUGUUUUGUCUCAAACAUUUCAAUAAAACCAUUUUUCAGGUAUAAAGAGAGUUACUUCAAACUGGGUAACUCAGAAAACUCAAGGUUUAAGUUAAAAAAUGAGUUUCAACUUUGGAAUAGGACUCUUUACUCUUUUAUUGUUAACAAGUACUCAAUAAAGGAAAUCAAAUAAAAUUAGUGUUGCUCAAAA